AUGCAUAUCAACAUCAACCUCACCAAUCAACCGUCAGAAACACUCCUCCCACCCUCGGGGGCAGUCUGCCAUGAUCCAGUCACCGGGAAAACUCUCGCCCCCGAGUCAGAGCCCCAAACUAAACGACACCUGUACUUCGCCUACGGGUCAAACCUGUCCCCGUCACAGAUGAAACAGCGGUGUACGAUCAACCCAGCUCUCUCCUGCAACCCCGUGGCUAUUGCCACCCUGUCCAAAUGGCGCUGGCUUAUCUGUGAAGCGGGGUACGCCAAUGUCCUCCCACCGCCCGGGAUGCGCGUGGGACCUCAAGACAGCGACAUCGCGCACAAGGUCCCCGUCUCUGGGAAAAUAGACGCAGUCUACGGGGUUCUUUACGAGAUGGACCCUGAUGAUGAGUUCAUUCUAGACGGGUAUGAAGGUGUAGACCACCAAGCGGACGAAGCAGAUGGGGCCAAAGUCCCAAUUGAAGUCCGGCCGAAGGAGCAAGGAGAGGGAGACUACAACAAAUGGUAUUUCCCAGCGGAAGUAGUUAAGUGGAUUGGAGACGAUGACCAUCCGCUGAAGAUGGAAAGGGGAGAACUAGUUCCUACGCUUGUGUAUGUGGAUGAAGAGCGGGUGAUCCUCGCACCGCCCAAGGCUGAGUAUAUCCCUCGGAUGAACCGGGCUAUUCGGGAGUGUGAGGCGCUUGGGGUUCCCGGGCAUUGGCUUGAAGAAGUUCUGAGGAAGUUCAUCCCUAAGGAAUAA